UGUAGAUCUGACGCUGGAGUCUCUUGUUUGAAAACGCGUCUUUCUACUUGGACCUGGCAACCCACGCAGAACGUCACUUCCGGGACGCAGACUCAAAAACCAUGGCGGACGAAGUGGAGCAGCAACCGACCACCAACACCGUGGAGGAGCCGCUGGAUCUGAUCCGGCUCAGCCUGGACGAGCGGAUCUACGUGAAGAUGAAGAACGACCGGGAGCUCCGCGGCAGACUGCAUGCGUACGAUCAGCAUCUGAACAUGAUCCUGGGUGACGUGGAGGAGACGGUGACCACCGUGGAGAUCGACGAGGAGACUUAUGAAGAACUCUACAAGUCCACCAAGAGGAACAUCCCCAUGCUGUUCGUGCGAGGAGACGGCGUCGUGCUCGUAGCUCCGCCCCUCCGGGUCGGUUAACGCUCCAAAGCCGGACUCUCCAGACAACAUCUUCACUUCACUUUCACCAAUCUUCUCAAGUUCCUCAUGUUUCUUUGGAGGAAAAAAGACGUUUGUUUAGUUGAAUCGGAGCGUUUGGGAGAAGCUGGACUGCCGGUUUGUGUUUGGAGCUUUUAAAGAAUCUUCUUUGUUUGUUCCAGUAAAAAUCUCACAGGAGCCGAAGCGGCUGUGAGCCCAUUCACUUUUUUGCGGGUUUUUGUUGUUGUUUUUUCUUUUUUCCAUAUUGUUGAGAUAAACUUGGCUCUGAUGUUUGUUUUAGUUUUGUCAAACUUUAUUAAAAAAAAAGAGAAUUAGAAAAAUAAUCUUCUGGCACUUCUUAUUAAAUGUUCGACGUCAUUUCACAUUUUCAGCCAAUUAGGGUUGUUUUUCCAACUUCAUCAGAAAUAAGUUCUAUUCCCAAAUUUCCAUACUUUUUUUUUUU